AUGUGGAUAGCUGAAGUGCCGAGAAGAAAGGGUCGUGGCCUGGCUAAUUCGAAGCCACUUGAAAUUCGACGGCGAAAUGCCGGGAAGCCACUAGAUCUUCAGCUUGAUCCUAGGACGGACAAAGUGGUUGGCUUGGAGGACCAAGCUUUUGUCCGCGAGAUAGGCCUCCAAGUCACUUUGUUGUUGCCAGGACAUUACUUGGAUUUCGCUGAUAUACCUCAACAAUUUAAGGAACAAGUCGUACAAAGGAUGAAGUAUUUUUAUAAUGUUGAUGGUCAUCCAGAACCCGAGAGAGUUAUGAAAACUAUCUACACAGAGAUGCGCAAAAGAUAUUCUGAGAGAAAGAACAUCAGACAUACUCACUUCAAAAAAUAUUACUCUAAUCCGGAAGAUUUGCAGAGUGUUUUAGUUGCCCCACCUGACCAUUGCUCCAAGGAGAGUUGGAAAGAUAUUGUUCAGUUGUUUUUGAGCCCAAAAUUUAUCGCGCGAUCCAACCAAAACAAGAAAAACAGAAAAGAAAUGAAGUAUACAUCGAUGCAAGGCACAAAAUCGAUGGCGUCGGUCGGUAAUGGUGUUAAUACCGACCGAUUAUCACCGGUGGGGUUUUACCGGCGGACCUCCGCCGGUAAUAUAAAAUACCGGCGGAUUCACCCUGUAUUACCGGCGGGAUCCUCCGCCGGAUGGCCUUCGAGUAAGCUCAAAAGUAAUGGAAGCACUGAUGCAAUUGUUUCAGAGGAAGCAGCUAAGCUCCCAAAAAUAAAGUGA